AUGUCCGUGGAGGCGGACGCCUUCAAGGCGCUAUACCCGGACCAGUAUCUGCUGAAGUUCCUGGCCAACGGCGUGCGGCCCGACGGCCGAUCCCUCUCGCGCUGCAGGCCCACCACCGUGGGCUUCGAGGCCGUCUCGGACGUCGACGCCUCCGCGCUCGUCAAGAUCGGCAGCACCACGGCGCUGGCGACGGUGGGCUUGGAGAUCGUCCACCCCAACGCGUCCGCGGCCGCCGUCGGAGCGACCCAGGUGACCGUCAACGUGACGCGGCUGUGCGACGCGGAGGUGGGCGGCCGCCAAACCGAGUGGGGGGACACGCUGGGGUGCCGGGCGCAGAGGGUGCUGGACAGGGCCCGGCUGGUGGACCCGGAGCAGCUGAGGGUCGGAGGCUCGCCGGCGUGCUGGUCGAUCGGCGUGGACGUCAACGUGCUGGACGCGGACGGCGCCGUCUUCGACGCCGUGCUGCUGGCGUGCGUGAGCGCGCUGUCGGGCGUCAGGCUGCCGGCCGGGGGGGACGUGGUGCUGCGGGACUGGCAGGACGCCACGCGGAGGAGGCGGCGCAGGGAGAAGGCGGCACCUCUGAGGCUCAGCUGCUGUCCGGUGUCGCUGACGUGCGGCGUGAUGAAGGGGCACGUGGUCGCGGACCCCACAGCCGAGGAGGAAGCCGUCAUGGGGGGUUUCGUGACCGUCGUCGUGGACGGCAGCGGCGACGUGCUGGGGCUGUCAAAAGUGGGUCAGGGUGACCUGCAGGCUGUCAACACAUGCAUCAACAUUGCAAAAGCAAGGCACAAGCAAACAGAAGCACUCUUGAAUGCCGCCCUGGCAGACGUGCCCGUGGGGUGA